AUGACACCGUCGCCCGCAUCGAAUACCCCGUCUUCAGGGGCGGGGCGCUCUCCUGACCAGCAUCGGGUGGUCAGGAAGCGGAACAGAGUUCCUCUGAGCUGUUACCCAUGCCGAUCAAGAAAGAAAUGCGACAGAAGCCAUCCAUGCAGCAACUGCGUGAAGCGAGAGGGUGCUGACACUCUAUCCUGCUCCUACGCGACGCCUGCUAAUCGCAAAAGGAACCAGACCCAGGGAUCGAAUGCCCCCGAUGACAUGCAAAACCGAAUCGACCGCUUAGAAGGUCUAGUGCUGUCUCUGAUGCACGGCGGCGCCAACAUCUCCCCGUCAGAUGCUGCGGCAGCCGCCGCCGCCGUUGCCGCCAGCUCCAGCUCUGGGCCCGGCGCCGCCAACUCAGAUACCCCGGCCUCUUCCUCUGCCAGGAUGGACGAAGAUGGAAAUCUUGUUGACGACGGUGAAGAGGACAGCGACAUCGACGACGGUCUCGCCAACUCGCUAGGCGUGCUCAAGGUGGACACUGACCGGGGCAAGUCCAUGUAUAUUGGGCAAGAGCAUUGGCAUACCAUUCUCGCCGACAUUUCAGAAGUCAAAAACUACUUCAUCAGCCACAAGAAGGAGCUGGAGAAGAGCUACGAAAAGGUCCUCCUGAGCAAGCCAGAGACGGCUCGGGACGGCCCGACUUUUCUCAUGGGAGCGACCGCUGCAUCGGACGUUGAGCUCAGGGCGGAGUUGCCUCCAAAGUCACACGUGUUGACGCUGUGUGGCCGGUAUUUCAACUCAAUGGACAAUGCCGUCAAUAUCGUCCACGCGCCCACCUUUCACCAACAGUUGCGCGCGCACUGGCAAGACCCAUCAAGAACGCCCAUCAUGUGGCUGGGCUUGCUCUACUCUGUGCUGUGCCUGGCCAUGCUAAGUUAUCACAAAGUUGGAGACGAGCCCCCGGAGUGGAAGGGUCGAACUCUCGAGCUGGCUGCUGAGUACAGGCUGCGGACGGUGCAGUGCCUCAUUGCUGCUGAUUACACGAAACCCGGAGAGUAUACCGUUGAGACUAUGUUGCUCUACAUCUUUGGGGAGUUCUCAUCGAGAUGGGAUGCGGAUCUGUCACUGUACCUGAUCAACUCAGUUGUGACGCGGGUAGCUUUCCGGAUGGGCUAUCACAGAGACGCCAAAUGGUUUCCAUCGCUCACUCCGUUUCAAGCUAUGAGACGACGGACAUGGGCUCUGUUGCGGAUGUCUGAUGUCGUGUUCUCACAUCAAGUCUCAUUGCCAAGCAUGAUCUACGACCAUGACUGUGACACGCAGCUUCCGAACAACAUUUUCGAUGAGGAAUUCGGCCCGGACACCAAGGUUCUGCCUCCCUCACGACCAGAUUCCGAGCCUACACCCAUCAGCUACAUGAUCGCGAAGGUCAAGCUGUGUCUGGAGUUAGGAAAUAUCCUGCAAGCUACCAGUCGUGUGGGGAAGCAGGUGCCGUAUGACGAUAUCCUACGGUUCGACGCAAAACUGCGUGAACUCCGGGAAGAACUCCCUCCCCACUUGAAGAUGCAACCCCUCGAAGGCUCGCACGAACCCUUGACGCUAAUCGUAGCACGCUUCAACGUGGAUAUUCUCUACCUUAAAAUCAUGUGUCUACUCCACCGGAAAUAUCUCGCGCGGUCUCGGCACAACCCACGGUAUGCCCAUUCCCGGCGGUCCGCCAUCGAGGCAGCGCUGGAGAUGCUGUCACAUCUGAAGGUGCUGCAUCGCGAGUCACAACCCAACGGUCGACUGCGCUCGAUCAAGUGGUACGUGGCGUCGAUCGCUACGAAGGAGUUCCUGUUGCCCUCGAUGCUGAUCACCCUCGACCUGCACUUCGACAAGCAGGUGGAACGCACCAAUCAGCGGCAGGACUCGCAAUCGCUGUUCUUCUGGACGCCAGAACAGCGACUGGAGAUGAUUCGUAGUCUCGAGGCGGCACGGGACAUCUGGGAGGGUUUGGCUGACGGCUCCAUGGAGGCUGUCAAGGCUCAUAACAUUGUCAAAAUCAUGCUUGACAAAAUCAACAGCCCUGCGGCAGCAGAAAGUGCAAGCGGUGGGCCCACGCCUGCGAUGGCACCGCCUACAGUACCGAUGAAGGACGAUAUGUUUGCCAGCUUGGACGAUGUCAAUAUGCAGCCCGAGCACAAUGCCGCCAUGACGCUGGGCAUGAUGUCCUCUGGCGGUCUAACGCCCAACACAGCAGCUGCAUUUGGCACCAGUGUGCAGAGUCCUGGUGGCACGACAUAUCCUGCCAUGGAUCUCUCGGUGCCACCGGCUGAGAGGACAGGUAUGACGCCCGAUUUCUCGGGAGACCUGGGAAUGAACCCCGGGUCACCGUUCUCAUCAAUGUUCAAUGCCAUGGGCAACGGGAUGGAAAUGGGCCAGAACUUCGAUUGGGUGAGUUUGGUCUUGGCAUUCCUAAAAUGGGGGAUCUGUAGAUUCUCAAAGAGAAUACCAUCAUACUGA